AUGUCUUUUAUUUUCUCUUGGUUGCGGCGGAUAUACUCCCUCGACACCCUUGACACUCGUUUUACAUCUUCAGCUACAACUCCGGCCAACGCGGCCGCUGAUACGCGACCUGCCUCCACGAAAGACGCCCGUGCAAAUGCCAUUGCCCAAAAUGCCCCUGCGUCGCUCUGGCGCACGCCGGAAUUCUUUAUAUACUACCUGUUCUUCAUAACGCUCGUUCCCUUGAUGUUCAAGACCGUGGUUGAUGCCUCGAAGCAAGACCACCCGAUUUACCCCACGUACAAGCAUCUUCUUGAGCCAGGAUGGAUUCCUGGCCGUUCAGUCGACAACUCCGAUACGCAAUAUGCCGGUUUUCGCGACAAUAUUCCCUAUCUUCUACUACUCGUAAUUGCCCACCCGCUGAUUCGCCGAGUUUACGCGUCAUUUGCGAGACUCACGAGUACCACAAAACCUUCCAAUCCCUCUACAGCCGCCGCAGGAGACGCACAGCUUAAGCAGCGCAUGCGCUUCGAUUUCGCGUUCGGCAUUAUUUUUAUUACAGUACUACACGGAACCUCAGCACUCAAGGUGCUGCUCAUUUUAUUCAUAAACUAUCGAAUUGGCAAACGCCUGCCUCGGUCCUAUAUUCCUGCAGCAACAUGGAUCUUCAACGUCGGCAUUCUCUUCGCCAAUGAAUUAUCCGGGGGAUACCCAUUGGAACGAAUUGCAAAAUUAUUGGCUUCGGGAACCGGUACGCCGGGAGAAACAGACUCAAUGCUCGUUCAGUGGGCGCAAACACUGGAUAGUAUGGGUGGCCUUAUGCCCCGAUGGGAGGUUCUCUUCAAAGUCACCGUGUUGCGGCUGAUAAGUUUUAACAUGGAUUACUACUGGAGUGUGGAAUAUCCCUCAUCGAGUCCGAUCGAAGUAUGUUCUCCAAUCGCGUCUAAUUUAGGACUUCCAAUCUCUCGCCUAGAUGUCGAACUGACCGAAUCCCAUAAGAAGAAACAACUCGACCCAGCAUCUCUUUCUGAUAGAGAUCGCGUUAAAAUUCCCGCCGAGCCUUCUGCAUUCAAUACACGAAACUAUCUUGCCUAUGUGCUAUACUCGCCAUUGUAUCUGGCUGGCCCUAUCUUGACCUUCAACGACUAUGUUUCACAACAACGUUACACGCCCCCGUCACUUACUCGUACUCGCACCGCACUAUACGGAAUCCGCUUCCUUUUGACGGUCCUUUGUAUGGAGCUUAUUCUUCACUACAUAUACGCAGUCGCCAUUUCGAAAGCCUCGCCAAAUUGGUCCCUCUUUACCUCGGGACAGCUUAGCAUGCUUGCUUUCUUUAAUCUUCAUAUUAUCUGGCUGAAGUUACUCAUUCCUUGGCGAUUUUUCCGUCUCUGGGCUCUCAUAGAUGGCAUUGACCCACCGGAGAACAUGGUCCGCUGUAUGUCGAACAAUUACUCCGUUUCUGGAUUCUGGCGUGGCUGGCACCGUUCAUACAACCGCUGGAUCGUCCGGUAUAUCUACGUUCCACUGGGCGGAGGCGGUGGUGGUAGAGGACCACCUGGUGCAAAACCCGCCUCUCCACAGUCUGGUUUCAUUGCCAAAUUCCUGCAGAUCCGCAACCUUUUGCUAGUCUUUACAUUCGUCGCGAUCUGGCAUGACAUCAAUCUUCGCCUACUGAUGUGGAGUUGGCUUAUCACAAUAUUCAUUCUCCCUGAAGUCAUAGGUACAAUUCUCUUCCCUGCUCGUCGUUGGCGCUCGCGCCCUACCGCAUACAGGGUGAUUACUGGAAUUGGAUCUGUCGGGAAUAUUCUUAUGCUGAUGAUUGCCAAUCUGGUUGGCUUUGCGCUGGGCAUCGAUGGAAUGAAAGAACUGCUCGCUAGCUUAACGGGUUCAUAUGCUGGAAUCGCGUAUAUGGUUUCGUGCUGUGUAGUGUUGUUUGUUGGAGUUCAAGUUAUGUUUGAGAUCCGAGAAGAUGAAUUGCGCUUGGGCAUCAACCUGAAAUGUUAA